GUUUCACAACAAGUUUAGUGCAGAACUAACCACAAGAAGAUUCACACAAUGAAGUUCCUCGCUGCUUUACUCGUAAUUUGCAUUUCCUCGGCCUUGGGCGACGACACGGCCCUGAAGGAAUUUACUUCAGGCAAUAAUUUGUUUACCACAUCAAUUUACAAAGAAAUCAAAAAAACAUCACCGGGAAAUUUCCUCGUGAGUCCAUUUUCGGCCGAAUCGGUCCUGGCGUUAGCCCAAUCAGGCGCUAAGGACGAAACAGCCCUCGAAAUGAGAAACACUCUCCACUUACCGGACUCUCCGGAAAAAAUCCAAAACGCGAUCAAAUCCAUCCAUCCCCAGCUGAAACAAAGCGACCUCUACACCCUCAAAACAGCCAACAAGAUUUACCUCAAAACCGGUUUUGAGGUCCGAGAUGAGUUCAAAAAAGUGGCAAGUGACGUUUUUGAGGCCGGUUUAGAAAAUAUUGAUUUUUCGAAAAAAGAAGAAGCUGCCCAAACUAUGAACCAAUGGGUGGAGGAUCAGACUGAACACAAAAUUCAGAAUUUGAUCAGUCCGGGAAGCCUCAAUUCCAGGACUAGGGCAAUCCUAAUCAACGCCUUGUAUUUCAAAGGGAACUGGACUACUCCUUUUAAGAAAUUUCUGACAAAAAAUGAGGAUUUUUACAAAAAUGGCAAACAAGUGGCUCCUGUUCCAACUAUGAACCUUCAAACGCCGAAUAAGUACUACGAAAGCGAGGAACUCAAAGCUAAAUUUUUGGAACUCCCCUUCGAAGGGGGCGACGUUUCGAUGAUUUUCGUGCUCCCGAACGAGAAAGACGGACUUGAAGCUCUAGAAAAUCAAUUAGAGAAAACUGUUGAGUUCCCCAAACUCACUGAAGAGUUUGUGAAAAUUUCCUUGCCGAAAUUCCAAAUCAGGAGUCAAUUCACUUUGAUUGAAAUGUUGCAAGAGUUGGGCAUGAAAAAAGUUUUCAAAGGUGACGAAGCCGAUUUGAGUGGAAUUGCGGGUAAGAAAGGCGAUCUAGUGAUUGAUCAAGUCGUUCAAAAAACUUUCAUUGAUUUGAAUGAGGAUGGUGUUGAAGCUGCGGCUGCCACUUUCGUUGCUGUUGGGGUACCUUUGAGUGGAGUUAUUACAUCAACCAGCCCCCCGAAAGAAUUCAAAGCCGACCAUCCGUUCUUGUUCUAUAUCAAGAUCAAGGAUUUGAUUCUCUUUGCUGGACGAGUCGUGGAUCCGACUGAUUCGAAAUAAGUCUUGUAAAAAAUAAACUGCACUUUUCAAUCAUGAAUAAAUUUAGUUUCUACAA